AUGGAACUCAAACAAGUCGUGAAGAAGGCGUUCAAUAAAGAUAUAGCCGAGAAGAAGUGGACGGUCUCUGUGUUGUAUUUAGCUGUAAUGGUGAUAUUUACUCUAGAUAAGAACCCGAUACCACUCAAAUUCACUUAUGCACGCCGUCUUCUGGGGCCUCGCCUGGAUUCGCCGCGUAGCCUGACAGGCUGUAUAGAUUGUCCUUCAGCUGGUAUAAUUCCUUCCCGCAUGUUUAAUUCCCCUCUCAGCUUCGAAUUCUCCCUCCUUAGCCUAUUGAUCUCCUCAAAGUCCCACAUCGCCGGAGGCGCAGUGGCAGCCUUCGGGGACAAAUUGGAAGAGAGAAACUGUUCAUUGUCGGAGUCUGUGGGAGAGUUUUGGACAACCGCUACCGGGGCGACCGCCCGCAACGGCUGCACGUUUAGUAAGGGGCUGAAAGGCGCCACCGGGCCAGUGGAAGCUCUAGUCGAGCUUUGCCGGCGCUUGAUGUCUCCGAGCAUCGCUUUCUUGCCACGUCAGAAACAAUCGUGUGCGAACUCAUGCCGAUCCGGAUCAAUUAUCCGAAAUCCCGGCACAAUUCAAUCAAUCGGCUUUAAAUGCCUAACAUUUUAA